AAAAUGGGCAGUCCUCUGACGGGGCUGAAAAAAGCCAUUUUCUGGCGCUGCUGCAAAUUCUGUCCAAGUCCAAAUAAUUGAGCUGGGUCCUGGUUGUGGAGGAGAGGGGAACUUUGAUGUCUAAUCAGAUCUGUCCAGAUGGAUAAAAUGCAGCCCAACCGGAUUCAAAUCACAGAUCUGAAUCCACACCUUACGUGCCCACUGUGCGCUGGUUACUUAAUUGAUGCUACGACCAUAGUAGAGUGCCUGCACUCCUUUUGUAAAACUUGCAUCGUUGCCUUCCUGGAGACAAAUAAGUUCUGCCCUCGAUGUGACGUUCAGGUUCACAAGACAUGUCCACAGCUCAGCAUCAGAGCAGACAAAACUCUACAAGAUAUAGUUUAUAAGCUUGUUCCGGGGUUAUUCAAAGAUGAGAUGAAACGGAGGCGGGACUUCUACGCAGAGAACCGUGUGCUGGAACCAGGGGAAGUGGUGGAGACGUUUAACAUAGCAGAGGAUGAAAUCAUCAGUCUGUCUAUACAGUUCUACGAGAGGAACAAAAAUAAUGAGAGGCAGCAUUCAGAGAUGGAAGGAGACAAGUCCAAUGGUAAACGCUUCCUGCAGUGCCCAGCAGCCAUGUCCGUCAUGCACUUAGCAAAGUUCCUCCGAAGCAAGAUGGAUAUUCCCAACAACUAUCGGGUGGAGGUGUUGUAUGGAGACGAGCCCUUGAAGGACUACUACACACUAAUGGAUAUUGCCUACUUCUAUGAGUGGAGACGAACUGGACCCAUCCCCCUGCAGUAUCUGGUCAAACCCACCCGGAAGCGCAGGAGGCCGUCCCAGUCUGUAGCCCAGGGCCACUCCGACGGCGUCAACACCAGCCCAACAUCGGAGAGCGACUCCCAAAGCGACAAAGUCCACAGUCCCGCCGCAGCCCAGCCACCGCGAGCCUCCUCGCAGUCCGGCGCCGCGUCCCACAACCUCUCUCCCACCAUCCAAAGCUCCAACGGUACCACUGUGCCCAACAACACUCAGCGACACACGCUCGCCUCCAAACAGGGCGCCAACGCUCGGAAGGUGACUGUCAACGGCACGAGCUCUGGGGCUGGCAAAGAGGAGGCGAGGGGAGGCGACAAAAGCGGUUUGCCUCCGACGACCUAACGUGUGUACGGGGCAGCAGGGAGGACAGUGUUUGAAUUGCUCCCUUCUUUUCUUUCUACAAAAACAAAAAAAAAACUGAGGAGCUCGAGCCUUCUUCCUUCUGGACAAACAGGAGGCAGAUUACUGUUAUCAUCUGUCAGCAGGAAAGACUGAAAAGUGCAGCCAAAAAGACACUUGUGUGUGUGUGUGUGUGUGUGUGUGUGUAUGUGUGUGUGUGUGUGUGUGUGUGUGUUUGUGUGUGUGCGUGUGUUUAUGUUUGUUAGACUAGAACAGUGCACACAUAAAAACUGUACAGUAUGUAUCAAAUGUGAGCAUGUGUGCAUACAUAUGUAUAAACUUAUCUUUUAUACAAGA